ACAUUGUGUCUCAUAGCAUAUUACAUCCUUUGUCGUGCACACAUAACAUGUGUAUACAUACAGAUACACACAUAGAUAUAUAAAUUGAGUUUAGGCUUGAAGAUUAACACCAUUACCAAAUUCAUAAUCACUACUAAGGGGUAAAGUAAAGAUGGUUGAUGGUGAUCAUGAGCAAGACCAGAUGCUGCCCAUUGCCAACGUGGGUCGGAUCAUGAAGCAAAUCCUACCACCAAGAGCCAAGAUUUCAAGACAAGCAAAGCAAACAAUACAAGAAUGUGCCACAGAGUUUGUAAGUUUUGUGACCGGUGAGGCUUCUGACAAGUGUCGCAAGGAGAAUCGCAAGACUGUGAACGGAGAUGACAUCUGUUGGGCUCUGGGUACUCUAGGACUUGAUGACUACGCUGAGGCUACCAUGAGGUACUUACAUAAAUAUAGAGAGGCAGAAAGGAAAAAAGCAAGUAACCAAAACAAAGGCACAACGAGUCAAGACAAAGAUGAUGAAGAAUUAAAGGAAAAUGACGGCCGAGUUCCUCGUUUAGAGGAUAAAGAAGCUCAGAAAGACGAUGCACGGAGCAAACAACUACCAUAGAAAGAAAAUGCCCUGAAAAUGAGAAUGUGCAGGUCGAUGCAUGUAGAGGAAGAAGAUGAUGAUAAAAAGUUUCCUGUUCUCCUUUUAUAGGUUUGAUUGUAUCUUCUUUUAGCAGUUUCUCAUAUCUUCCAGCUCUCUUCCUUUCCUUUCCUACAUGCUUCAUUUCCUUUUUCAUUGUGUUGAGAGGAAAGGAAUUUGUUAUCUGAUAUAAACUAAAACAUAUUUACCUCUUUCUUAGACCUCUAGACUAUAGUUUCUUGCAUGACCAUAAUAAUAAUUGACAGGGAAUUGAAAGAUUUCUGUUCUUGGGUUGGAGUUUCUCAGGGUUCCCCUUGCAUUCUUUGCAAAAAGACUGAAGAUAUGCCAUCACUUUGUUUCAACAUUUGUUUUGUGUGCUUGUAGCAGAUUCUUUAAUAAUUUUCAAUCAAGAAUUUUAUCUUUCAUUUGCUGGCAGCUGGCUUUCAAUUCAUUCAGGGAGAAUUUCAGUUAAAAGAUUUCAGACUUGGAAGAAUACAUACUCCAUCUGGGCAACUGUUUUGGUAAUGUACCAAAUGCCUACAUCCCAAGUAAUUUUCCAGCACAAAAAAUUAGUAAAUGAAGGAUAAAAGUACUAGGUUUAGGGUUCCCUAAACCCCAGAUCCAGGGACCACUACAAUACUGUAGUAGCACAUUACAUGAGUAGUCGUGAAACUCAAAUUCAAAUCUUCAAGCAUGCUUGUUUUUUACUAUGCAAUGGAUCAGGCAAUCUUCUUUCCAUAAAAGAUGAUUUGCUCUAGGCCUAAUAAUAAAAUCAGAAUAUCUUU